AUGCUGGACGGCCUGAAGAUGGAGGAGAACUUCCAAAGCGCCAUUGAGACGUCGGCCUCCUUCUCCUCGCUGCUGGGCAGAGCGGUGAGCCCCAAGUCUGUCUGCGAGGGCUGUCAACGGGUCAUCUCGGACAGGUUUCUGCUGCGGCUCAACGACAGCUUCUGGCAUGAGCAGUGCGUGCAGUGUACCUCCUGCAAAGAGCCCCUGGAGACCACCUGCUUCUACCGGGACAAGAAGCUCUACUGCAAGUAUGACUACGAGAAGCUGUUUGCUGUCAAAUGUGGGGGCUGCUUUGAGGCCAUCGCGCCCAACGAGUUUGUGAUGCGGGCCCAGAAGAGCGUGUACCACCUGAGCUGCUUCUGCUGUUGUGUCUGCGAGCGGCAGCUCCAGAAGGGCGAUGAGUUUGUCCUGAAGGAGGGGCAGCUGCUCUGCAAAGGGGACUAUGAGAAGGAGCGGGAGCUGCUCAGCCUGGUGAGCCCGGCAGCCUCAGACUCAGGCAAAAGUGAUGAUGAAGAAAGUCUUUGCAAGUCAGCCCAUGGGGCAGGGAAAGGAGCCGCUGAGGAUGGCAAGGACCAUAAGCGCCCUAAACGUCCCAGAACCAUCUUGACAACCCAACAGAGGAGAGCAUUCAAGGCCUCGUUUGAAGUAUCCUCCAAGCCGUGCAGGAAGGUGAGGGAGACUCUGGCUGCAGAGACAGGGCUGAGCGUCCGUGUCGUGCAGGUGUGGUUCCAGAACCAGAGAGCUAAGAUGAAGAAGCUGGCCCGGCGGCAGCAGCAGCAACAGCAAGAUCAACAGAACACCCAGAGGCUGAGUUCCGCUCAGACAAAUGGUGGCGGGAGCGCUGGGAUGGAAGGGAUCAUGAACCCCUACACCGCUCUGCCCACCCCACAGCAGCUCCUGGCCAUUGAGCAGAGCGUCUACAGCUCAGAUCCCUUCCGACAGGGUCUCACCCCACCCCAGAUGCCUGGAGACCACAUGCACCCCUAUGGUGCUGAGCCCCUUUUCCACGACCUGGAUAGUGAUGACACCUCUCUCAGUAACCUGGGUGACUGCUUCCUAGCAACCUCAGAAGCCGGGCCCCUGCAGUCCAGAGUGGGAAACCCCAUUGACCACCUGUACUCCAUGCAGAAUUCUUACUUCACCUCUUGA